UCCCUCCUACUUGCUUCUCUCUAAUGGACUUAGCUUUCACCAUCCAGGGGACUUCCGUCAACAUUGCCGUUGGAUCCCAGGUGUGGGUUGAUGAUGCAGAGCUAGCCUGGGUUGAUGGAGAAGUCAAGGCCCUCAAUGACAGAGAAGCCACCAUUACCACCUCCCAUGGCAACACUGUGGUUACAGAUGUCUCAAACAUAUAUCCAAAAGACACGGAGGCACCACCAGCCGGGGUCGAUGACAUGACUAAAUUAGCUUACCUCCAUGAACCAGGAGUCCUCCACAACCUUGCAUGCAGAUUCGCACUCAAUGAGAUCUAUACAUAUACGGGCAAUAUCCUAAUAGCAGUGAACCCUUUCCGGAGACUGCCACACUUGUAUGACAUUCAGAUGAUGCAACAAUACAAGGGAGCACCCUUCGGAGAGCUAAGUCCCCAUCUUUUUGCAGUCGCCGACACUUCUUAUAGGGCAAUGAUAUAUGAGCAGCAAAGCCAAUCCAUUUUAGUUAGCGGAGAGAGUGGAGCUGGAAAAACUGAGACAACCAAAAUGCUUAUGAGGUACCUGGCCUUCAUGGGAGGUAGAUCCAACUCCGAAAGAAGAACAGUGGAACAACAGGUUUUGGAGUCCAAUCCAGUCUUGGAAGCAUUUGGGAAUGCCAAAACAGUUAAAAACAACAAUUCCAGUCGGUUUGGUAAAUUUGUCGAAAUUCAGUUUGAUAAGCAUGGCAAGAUCUCGGGUGCUGCAAUUCGUACAUAUCUUCUAGAAAGAUCGCGGGUUUGCCAAGUAUCAGAUCCAGAAAGAAACUACCAUUGUUUCUACAUGUUAUGUGCAGCACCAACGGAGGAUCUAGUGAAAUUUAAGCUGGGAGAUCCGAGAACAUUCCAUUACCUAAAUCAGUCGAAUUCUUAUGAAGUGGCAAAUGUGGAUGACGCAAGAGAGUACUUGGAGACAAGAAAUGCUAUGGAUAUUGUAGGGAUCAGCCAGGAUGAACAGGAUGCCAUAUUUCGAGUAGUAGCUGCAAUUCUCCAUCUCGGAAAUGUUAAUUUCACAAAGGGAAAAGAAGUAGACUCCUCCAGACUGAAAGAUGAGAAAUCAUCAUAUCAUCUUCGAACAGCAGCAGAGCUACUAAUGUGCAAUGAGAAGGCCUUAGAGGACUCCCUCUGCAAGCGUGUCAUAGUAACUCCAGAUGGAAACAUUACGAAACCACUUGAUCCCGAGUUAGCUACCUUAAGUCGCGAUGCGUUGGCAAAGACAGUGUACUCCAGACUAUUCGAUUGGAUUGUGGAUAAGAUAAACGUGUCGAUUGGUCAAGAUCCAAAAGCAGCUAACUUGAUAGGAGUCCUUGAUAUUUAUGGCUUUGAGAGCUUCAAAAUCAACAGUUUUGAGCAGCUAUGUAUCAACUUAACAAAUGAGAAGUUGCAACAGCAUUUCAACCAGCAUGUAUUCAAGAUGGAACAAGAAGAAUACACGAGAGAGGAGAUCGACUGGAGUUAUGUGGAGUUUGUUGACAACCAGGAUGUGCUAGAUCUCUUAGAGAAGAAACCUGGGGGUAUAAUUGCACUUCUUGAUGAAGCCUGCAUGUUCCCCAAAGCGACCCACGAGACAUUUGCACAGAAAAUGUAUCAGACUUACAAAGGCAACAAGCGUUUCAGCAAGCCUAAACUUGCUCGAACAGACUUCACAAUAAAUCAUUAUGCUGGAGAUGUUACGUAUCAAGCAGAUCAAUUCCUUGAUAAAAACAAGGAUUAUGUGGUAGCAGAACACCAAGCUUUACUAAAUGCUUCCAAGUGUUCGUUUGUUUCGAAUCUUUUUCCUCCUUUGCACGAGGAGGCAGUAAAGCAGUCCAAGUUCUCCUCGAUUGGUACUCGUUUCAAGCAACAAUUACAAGCUUUGAUGGAGACCUUGAGUACAACGGAACCUCAUUACAUUAGAUGUGUAAAGCCAAAUACGGUUUUGAAGCCAGGAAUCUUCGAGAAUCUCAACAUCUUAAAUCAAUUGAGAUGCGGGGGCGUUUUAGAGGCUAUCCGGAUAAGUUGUGCGGGCUAUCCCACAAAAAGGACAUUUGAUGAGUUUCUGGACCGUUUUGGAAUGCUUGUGCCUGACCUUUCAGAAGGAUCCCACGAGAAAUCUGCCUGUAUAGCCAUCUGUGACAAGAUGUGCCUAAAGGGGUAUCAGAUUGGGAAAACGAAGAUGUUUCUUAGGGCUGGACAGAUGGCCGAGUUGGAUGCACGGAGAACUGAAGUUUUGACUAAUGCUGCAAGACUCAUCCAGAGGCAAAUCCUGACAUAUUUGACAAGAAAAGACUUCAUUUCUAUGCGAAGGGCUACAAUGUGUAUGCAGAAACAUUGGAGAGGCCAACUUGCGCGCAAGCUGUAUCAACAUAGGCGGAGGGAUGCUGCCUCAAUUUGCAUACAGAAGUAUGCAAGGGCUCACGUCUCAAGAAGAAUUUACAUUCAUUUGCAAGAGUCGGCCAUAGUUAUUCAGAGUGGAUUAAGAGCAAUGGAGGCACGAAAAGAAUAUAGCUAUAUACGAAGAACAAAAGCUGCAAUUCUAGUCCAGACACAAUGGCGAAGAUAUGAAGCUCUUCUCGGUUAUUCACAACUCAAGAAGGCAACUCUUAUUUUUCAAUGUCUCUGGAGAGCAAAAUUAGCUAGAAAGGAGCUUAAAAAGCUAAGGAUGGCUGCCAGAGAAACAGGCGCACUUAAGGAAGCUAAGGACAAGCUUGAGAAGCGUGUAGACGAGUUAACGUGGCGGUUAGAAUUUGAAAAGCACUUGAGGAUUGACUUGGAAGAAACCAAACGCCAAGAAAUUGAGAAGCUACAACAUGCUUUGGACAACAUGCGAAGCCUGCUAGAUGAAGCGCAUGCUGCGGUCAUCCGUGAGAAAGAAGCGGUAAAGUUAGCUAUUGAACAAGCUCCUCCUAUCAUAAAGGAGAUAGCGGUAGUGGAUGAUUCCAAAUUGGAGCAGCAGAGAAAUCACAGUAUGGAAUUGGAGAGUGAACUGGACGAAAUGAGGCAGAGAAUGAAGGAAUUUGAGAGGAAGAAUUCGAAAGUUGAAGCAGAGAACAGAGAAAGGGUAAAAGAAGCUGCUGAAGCUCAGGAGAGAGCAAUGCAACUUCAGGAGACUGUGGAAAGAUUGGAACUGAAUUUGUACAACCUUGAAUCAGAAAAUCGUGUUCUACGGCAGCAAGUAUUGGUUGCACCGAUAGAGGAGAAUUUAUCGGAUGAAGUGCGUGGCUCGAAGACCACGAUUCUCAACUUGGAGUCAGAAAAUGAAAUCCUCCCGAAGAAUGUUGCCAAAACGGAGAAAACAUCUGUCUGCAGAAGGAAAUCAACGGAUGUUAAGAUUCAGGAAAAUGGACAUCUAACAGAUGAAGAUAAUGGAACAAAAGAGUCAGGACAGUUUGUCUCCCUUCUGUCAACACAAAGAUUCUUAACAGAGAGGCAGCAGGAAAACCAUGACAUAUUAAUAAAAAUUCUAUUGGAAGAGAAGCAAUUCGACAAUGACAGAUCAAAAGCUGCGUGUAUUGUGUUCACAUCACUUCUUCAAUGGAGAGCCUUUGAAGCAGAUAAAACAAAUUUAUUUGACAGGAUUAUUCAGGCCAUACGAUCAUCUUUCGAGAGUCAAGAUAGCAUCGACAAUGUUGCAUAUUGGCUCUCAACAACAUCCACUCUUCUCUUUCUUCUACAAAAUGCAAUUAAAGCAAGUAAUUCGCCUUCUAUGGCCUUAAAUCGUACAAGGAACAUUCCUCCCUUGUUAUUUGGUGCCACGCCGCAGGAUUUCCAUUCAUCUACAAUGGGCUUGGGUAUUUCAAGUGGUUACAGUGGAAUGAUGGAUAAACCAUUGGAGCAAUCAAAAAUAGAAGCCAAGUACCCGGCACUACUAUUUAAACAACAGUUGACCGCAUGCGUUGAGAAACUAUAUGGGAUUAUUCGCGAUAGCCUAAAGAAAGAGAUCAGUCAAUUUUUUAACUUGUGCAUACAGCCACCAAGAUCUGCAAGAGGGAGACCAUUUAGAGGGUCAUCAAAAAGAUUGCAAUCUAAUAUAGUUGCUAAGCAGCACACGUCAAAUGCAUGCUGGCAAAGCGUUGUCAAGAAACUAGACGAGUACUUAUCCAUAAUCUCUCACAAUCAUGUACCUUCGAUGAUCUCGAGAAAAAUGUAUAUUCAGGUCUUCUCAUUCAUCAAUGUUCAACUGUUCAAUAGCUUAUUGCUUCGUCGGGAGUGCUGCUCCUUCAGCAACGGGGAAUAUCUGAAUACUGGUCUGCAAGAAUUGGAGGGAUGGUGCCUCAAAGCUCCAGAACAGUCUGCAGCAUUGCUAAUGGAGGAACUUCUACAUAUAAGACAAGCUGUGGGAUUUCUUGUUUGUCAUCAAAAAGCCCAGAAAUCUUUGGAUGCGAUCACUAGUGAACUCUGUCCGAAAUUGAGCAUCCCCCAAAUAUAUCGCAUUGGAACCAUGUUUUGGGACGACAAGUACGGAACGCGAGGUUUGUCGCUAGAUGUCAUAGGCAAAAUGAGAGCUCAGGCGACUGCGGAUUCUAUGAACACCAACAACUCCUUCUUGCUUGAUGUGAACUUGAGCUCGCCAUUCUCAAUGGGAGAAGUGUUGCGGUGCUGUGGCAGCAGCAUAAACAACCCAGGGAACGUGGAUCUUCCGCCGCUUCUCCGUCAGGAUAGAUGGGACUUCCACUUUCUCACACAGCUGCAACCAGAACCAGAAGGUUGAGUCCCUCUCGUAUUUCCUUCCAGAUUUGUGCUUGCAACACCAGUUUGACUUGGCCGAGCCUGAUGAUCUCCUUGUUAGCCUCGGGUAAUCUGCUUUGAUAUUUCCAUUCGCGCCCAUUUCUCGGGGCGUUUCCAUGUUGCUCUCGUCUUGGGUGAAAAAGGACAACUUCUACU